UCCUAAGGAGAAAAGGGGGGAAACCCCACAAUUCUGCACUUUCUUCUCUUCCAAUAGUCACCACUUUUUAAUUCCUCGCCAAGGUUUUCCUUUCUAAAUGAAGAGGACUGGGAGGCUGGGCUAUUUGGAAGGAGCUUCUGAAUAGAAAAGAGAAAGAGAGGCACUUGACUGUGAAUGCGGAGACUGUUUCCCUGCUAGGGUAGAGACAGGGAGAGAGUGUGUGAGUGUGCUUGUGCCCGCGGGAGGACCAGGGAGGGCGGCUUUCCCUUCCUUUUCUAUUCUGCCUCCCGCCCUCCCCCUCCGAGGCUGCACGUCCAACCAUGAGUUGCCUGUUGAUUUCCUUUCGCCUGGAAAGCACAGCAAACUGGAAUUAAACUGCAUGGGAGUGAAAUCCUCGCUCACUGCAAGAGGAUGGGAUGGUAGUGGAAAGCCACUGGCUCGGCGUAGAGACAUCCCAGUGUGUUCUGCGAGCAGGGGCGGAGAUAGAUCCAUUUUUUUUUUCCCCUCCUCCCGAUAGACUCACCCCGCAAACGCUGAUCAGGCUGUGGCUCUCUUGAUUUCGCAAAGGGGGGAGGGGGAGGCUGGGAAGCCUUUUCGGAGGAAGAGAGGGAGGAGCCUGGCAGAGGGAGGAAACUACAAAUCGGGACACUAGUUCUUUGCGCUGCAUUUCCUCCCCUCCCUUUGGCUGCUCGGAAAGGAGAGAGAGGGGGGAGGAAAAAAAAAGGAAAGAAAAAAAAAAAACCGCUUGGCUGGGAGAUGCAGUCCGCCGCCGCCGCCGCCGCUGCCUUCGCCAGCAAUGCAAGAUUAGAUCUCUAAAUGCAGCAAAACACUGCCUGAACACAGACCAGCCUGCGCCACGAAGCAGACAUUUAUUUCACCGUGGGCAGGGGAGGGAAAGAAGCUUCAGAAAGGACACACACACACACACACACACACACACACACUAUCUGUGACUCUCUUCGUCGUGGAUCCUCACUCGCAGGAAUUUCAUCUCGGAAGACGAGAGUAACAAGUAAGGAUUUCACUUUCCGGAUCUGCCUGGAGACACACCUCCCCAGCCUCCCCCGCCCCAUGGCAAGACUAUUCGGGAACCUGCCGGCGGGAGUGGAUUUCCAGAGCCCUAGCGGGAGCGAGGCAAACCUACCGAUCCUCUAGCUCAUUAACAGCCCUCCCAGACUCCAUCUCCUUCUCCACGCCGCCUUCCCCGCACAAGUUUGAGCCUCCUGAAGUCCGGGCGAGAGAGACAAAGCCCCCCGGGGCUCGCCCUCCAGCCGCAGGGAGCCGCCGCCUCGCUCCGAACUGCUGCAGCUCCGCGGCGCCUCGGUUUCUAGCUCAGUGCGGAUGCUGUAGAUCAACAGGUUCGGGGAACUUGAGCGGAAUUCAGGAGAGGACUGACUGCCUGGGUGCCGCAGCUCGGGUGCAGAGGGAAGGGAGAACCCACAGACUUGUGGCUCUCGGUUCUCCCGGCGCGCGCGCGCGCGCUCCGCCCCGGCCCCAGGCUGGCGCGCACUCACCCGCUCGCCCCUCCAUUCCGGCUGCUCUUGCCCCCACCCCACCGGUCUGGGAUGUACCUAUCCAUCUGUUGCUGCUUUCUUCUCUGGGCCCCUGCCCUGACACUGAAAAACCUGAACUAUUCCGUGCCAGAGGAGCAAGGGGCCGGCACGGUCAUCGGCAAUAUCGGCAAGGAUGCUCGACUGCAGCCAGGACUUCCGCCGGCUGAAAGAGGCGGCAGCGGCGGGAGAAGCAAGUCCGGCAGCUACCGGGUGCUGGAGAACUCGGCGCCGCACCUGCUGGACGUGGACGCCGACAGCGGGCUCCUCUACACCAAGCAGCGCAUAGACCGUGAGUCCCUGUGCCGCCACAAUGCCAAAUGUCAGCUGUCCCUGGAAGUGUUCGCCAACGACAAGGAGAUCUGCAUGAUCAAGGUAGAGAUCCAGGACAUUAACGACAAUGCCCCCUCGUUCCCCUCCGAUCAGAUCGAGAUGGAUAUCUCUGAGAACGCAGCCCCAGGCACCCGCUUCCCCCUGACCAGCGCACACGACCCAGACGCAGGUGAGAACGGGCUCCGCACCUAUCUGCUCACGCGCGAUGACCACGGCCUCUUUGCCCUGGACGUCAAGUCCCGCGGCGACGGCACAAAGUUCCCCGAAUUGGUCAUCCAGAAAGCAUUAGACCGCGAGCAACAGAACCACCACACGCUCGUGCUGACGGCCCUGGAUGGGGGCGAGCCGCCGCGUUCCGCCACGGUGCAGAUCAACGUGAAAGUGAUCGACUCCAACGACAACAGUCCGGUGUUCGAGGCGCCUUCCUACUUGGUGGAAUUGCCCGAAAACGCCCCGCUGGGCACCGUGGUCAUCGAUCUCAACGCCACCGACGCCGAUGAGGGUCCCAAUGGGGAAGUGCUUUACUCCUUCAGCAGCUACGUGCCCGACCGCGUGCGGGAGCUCUUCUCCAUCGACCCCAAGACGGGCCUGAUCCGUGUGAAGGGGAACCUGGACUACGAGGAGAACGGGAUGCUCGAGAUCGACGUGCAAGCUCGAGACCUGGGACCCAACCCCAUCCCGGCCCACUGCAAGGUCACGGUCAAGCUCAUCGACCGCAACGACAACGCGCCGUCCAUCGGUUUCGUCUCCGUGCGCCAGGGGGCGCUGAGCGAGGCAGCCCCGCCUGGCACUGUCAUCGCCCUGGUCCGGGUCACCGACCGAGACUCGGGCAAGAACGGACAGCUGCAGUGCCGGGUCCUGGGUGGAGGAGGGACUGGCGGCGGCGGUGGCUUGGGCGGACCGGGGGGUUCUGUCCCCUUCAAACUCGAAGAGAACUACGACAACUUCUACACGGUGGUGACCGACCGUCCCCUCGACCGGGAGACUCAGGACGAGUACAACGUGACCAUCAUUGCGCGGGACGGGGGCUCGCCUCCGCUCAACUCCACCAAGUCCUUCGCGGUCAAGAUUCUGGAUGAAAACGACAACCCUCCCCGCUUCACCAAAGGGCUCUAUGUGCUCCAAGUGCACGAGAAUAACAUUCCAGGAGAGUACCUGGGCUCAGUGCUCGCGCAGGAUCCCGACUUGGGCCAAAAUGGCACCGUGUCCUAUUCCAUUCUGCCCUCGCACAUCGGCGAUGUGUCCAUUUACACUUACGUGUCCGUCAACCCCACCAACGGGGCCAUCUACGCUCUGCGCUCCUUUAACUAUGAACAGACUAAAGCCUUCGAGUUCAAGGUGCUGGCGAAGGACUCCGGGGCGCCCGCGCACCUGGAGAGCAAUGCCACGGUGCGAGUGACCGUGUUAGACGUGAAUGACAAUGCGCCGGUGAUCGUGCUGCCCACCCUGCAGAACGACACCGCCGAGCUGCAAGUCCCGCGCAACGCCGGCCUGGGCUACCUGGUGAGCACCGUGCGCGCCCUGGACAGCGACUUCGGCGAGAGCGGGCGCCUCACCUACGAAAUUGUGGAUGGCAACGACGACCACCUGUUUGAGAUCGAUCCAUCCAGCGGGGAGAUCCGCACUCUGCACCCCUUCUGGGAAGACGUGACCCCCGUGGUGGAACUGGUGGUGAAGGUGACAGACCACGGCAAGCCCACACUGUCCGCGGUGGCCAAGCUCAUUAUACGCUCUGUGAGUGGCUCGCUGCCAGAGGGGGUACCCCGGGUGAACGGGGAGCAGCACCACUGGGACGUGUCGCUGCCGCUUAUUGUGACUCUGAGCACAAUCUCCAUCAUCCUCCUAGCGGCCAUGAUCACCAUCGCUGUGAAGUGCAAGCGGGAAAACAAGGAGAUCCGCACUUACAACUGCCGCAUAGCCGAGUAUAGCCACCCGCAGCUGGGCGGGGGCAAGGGCAAGAAGAAGAAGAUCAACAAAAAUGAUAUCAUGCUGGUGCAGAGCGAGGUGGAGGAGAGGAACGCCAUGAACGUCAUGAACGUGGUGAGCAGUCCCUCCCUGGCCACCUCCCCCAUGUACUUUGACUACCAAACCCGCCUGCCCCUCAGCUCGCCCAGGUCAGAGGUGAUGUAUCUUAAACCAGCCUCCAACAACCUGACGGUCCCGCAGGGACACGCAGGCUGCCACACCAGCUUCACCGGACAAGGGACUAAUUCGAGCGAGACCCCUGCCACUCGGAUGUCCAUAAUUCAGACAGACAAUUUUCCCGCAGAGCCCAAUUACAUGGGCAGCAGGCAGCAGUUUGUUCAAAGCUCCACGUUUAAGGACCCAGAAAGAGCCAGCCUGAGAGACAGUGGGCACGGGGACAGUGAUCAGGCUGACAGUGACCAAGACACAAACAAAGGCUCCUGCUGUGACAUGUCUGUUAGGGAGGCACUCAAGAUGAAAACUACUUCAACUAAAAGCCAACCACUUGAACAAGAACCAGAAGAGUGCAUCAAUUGCACAGAUGAAUGCCGAGUGCUUGGUCAUUCUGAUAGGUGUUGGAUGCCACAGUUCCCUGCAGCCAAUCAAGCUGAAAAUGCAGAUUACCGCACAAAUCUCUUUGUACCCACAGUGGAAGCUAAUGUGGAGACUGAGACUUACGAAACUGUGAAUCCCACUGGGAAAAAGACUUUUUGUACAUUUGGGAAAGACAAGCGAGAGCACACUAUUCUCAUUGCCAAUGUCAAACCUUAUUUAAAAGCCAAACGUGCCCUGAGCCCUCUCCUCCAAGAGGUCCCCUCAGCAUCCAGCAGUCCAACAAAGGCAUGCAUCGAGCCUUGCACCUCUACCAAAGGCUCCCUGGAUGUUUGUGAAGCAAAACCCGGAGCCCUGGCCGAAGCAAGCAGUCAGUACUUGCCCACUGACAGUCAAUAUCUGUCCCCCAGUAAGCAACCGAGAGACCCUCCUUUCAUGGCUUCCGACCAGAUGGCAAGAGUCUUCGCCGAUGUGCAUUCCAGAGCCAGCCGGGAUUCCGGAGAGAUGGGUCCUGUCCUGGAGCCACCUGAUCACCCCAACCGGGAUCUGGGCAGAGAAUCCGUGGAUGCAGAGGAAGUUGUGAGAGAAAUUGAUAAGCUUUUGCAGGACUGCCGAGGGAAUGACCCCGUCGCUGUGAGAAAAUGAGGAAAGCAAGCAAGCAAGCAAGCAAGCAUUGGCAAUUUCUUGUCUCUUCUGUAGAGUUCAAAAAUGAUCGCUGACAACCCCUUUUCUAAGAGAUGGAGGAAGACCAAUGCUGCUUCAGGAUUUUAGUGAACAUCUGAGGUGCCCACAGUAUGUUCUUUUCACUGCUGUUUCUUUUUCAGAAAUAACAAAGGUUCCGUUUCCACCAAACUUAUAUUUAGGACAGAAUUAAUGAUGCUUAAUGAGAAAAGAGAGAAAACAAUGGGGAGAAAAGCAAGAGAAGAAUGAGGAGACGCGUAAAUCUUUUGACAAUCUGUUAAGGUAUGCAGUGGCCUGAACUGAAGUAUUUCUCAUCCCUCUAAGACUGUCCUCCGCGAUUUAUGCUGACUUAUCUGUUUACCUAUGAAUCCCAUUAAAAACAAACAAACAAACAAACAACAACAACAAAGCAGCAGGGUCAUAAUUUUGUGAUCUGUGGUGGAUUUCUAGCAACCAUCACAGGCUUCUACUGAAAGUCCCGAAAAGACCUUGCAGUAGUCCAAGCUACACCAAACAUUAAUACAUAGUUGUGGUAAACAUUUCUGUAUAAAGUUACCUGCCACACAUAUGAACACAAAGAGCAUUCCGUAUCAUUAGUCAAAAACAAAACAAUACAAAAACACACAAAAAAUAAAACAACAAAAAAACUUUCCUUGGUCAUUUGUAAGACACCUCAUGUCGUAUAAAAGUUAAAUGUAAAAAGAGAUAUAGUCCAUUUUGUCCUGCACACAUGUAGACUAAUUCACUUCACUAAAGAGAACAAAAUUUAGGACAAGGUAAAAUAAAACAAAGGAGAAAAUUAAAGAUGCAUAUUGAGUAUUUUAGUGUCCAACAAAGAUACAAACCAUGAUAGGUUUGUUUUAAAUUUAACAUAGAAAAAAAACUCCUGAAAAAGGGUUACCAUUGAGUGGUCAUAUUUGACAGAGAGAAUCAACAUGAUGAUUAUGCUUUCUUCAUUUGUGGACACUAAAAGAGCUCAGGAAAGUGAAAAUGUCUUAGACCUACACAAAUCAUAUGACCAUUUAAAUGUGCAAAUGUAAGAAGAUUCAAUGUGUUUACAUCAAAUGACAUAUUUUUUAUUGAUUUAUUGCAGAUUCCGUGCAUAUGAGCCAAAUUGUUGAGUGUAUAAGAGCUAUAUUGUGUAUUUUAUUAAAUUAAUAUAUAGUUGUGUUGCAAAAAUCUUUGGGCUUAUAUUGUAAAUGGCAAGUGUCGCCUCGGUAGCUGUCGAACUCUAUGAGUUUUGUUUUCCCCUGCUUCCUUGUCCCCAUGGAAUGUGGGAAGUGCUGCCUCAGAGCAGAGUCUCUCCUUCAAUGUAUAGUCUACCAAGUACUACAGUAAAUAACCUGUUCAGAAUGUGUUUGAGUGAGCUGAUGGAGCUAACUGAAAGGUCAAAAAAUUACAUCUGUCAGUCAUGUUUCUGUGCAAGUCCUUGUAGAAGCUUUUAUUAAAGUCAUGCUAAAUCACAAGAAUCACCUUUGUACCAAUACCUGAAACUUCUUCCUGUCCUUUUCAAUAACAUACAGUUUCUACCUAUGUAGAUAUCUUACCAUUAGUUGGUUCUCCAAAGUAUCUUCAGUGGUUCAGAUGUGUGCCUCCAUUUCUAUU